UAGACUAUACCUUGAUCAGGUUUCUAGGUGGCCGCUCAGAGAAGAGAAAUUCUGGAAUGGUUCAAUAAUCGAUCUCAUAGCGCAUUUUGUUAGGGAGCCUUAGUUUUAGCGAGGCGAUAUGGAGUUCGUGUCCUAGGUUAAUGAUUUUGCUUGAUUGAUAGAAAUUCAGUUCGGCGUUUGCAUUAUACGUGAUACCUUAAAAGAAUCAACUGAAAGGCAUCUAUAGCCGGAUGGUUUUAGUAGAGGUUAUUUUACUCGGCGACUUCAAUACGACGCGAUCGAAAGUUUCGUUACGGCCGAUGGAGUUUGAUUUUUUUUUUUUUUUUUUAAACCAGUUCAGUCAGUGCUCUUGAGGUAAUGGCCCACUGCAAAACCAUCUAUUUUGUCGAAACGCCUAGGCCACAUUAUCCAGUCCCGUGUUGAGACUGUAGUUGUCAUGGCAUUUAUUAAGUGCUCACUGCGUGCUAAGCACUGGGGCGAUUAAGAGAUUGUCGGAGGUGACCCGGCUCCGUAAAUGGGGAAGGCAGGUGUUCCCGACGAGUGGAACAAGAAGUUUGAAGUGAACCGAACCGAGGGGGCAGAGGAUUCCCCAAGGGAAAGGGGUGGUUCAGGGGUUCUCAGUUCAUUGUUUCUACUGCUUUCUUCUCUCCGUCUCCCUUUGACAGCGUGAGGCUUCAAAAAAACUGGACUCCUUGUACAUCACUCUUUCAUGGGAAGUUGAUUCUGGCCAAACCCUCCCAAGAUACUGUACAGGCAUCCCCCAGGUUACAACUACCCCGGUGAUACCACCAAUCUCUUGUUCGAUGCCUUAUCCCAUGCAUUCGCCCGACCGGCCCCGAUGUCCCGGCCGAGCGCUCCAGUACUGGAAGGAGCACAAUCAAUACUGAUAUCUAGUGGACUCUUUCUAUUUAUAGAAGUGCGGUUCUCCACAGUUAAGCUUCUGAAAUGGCUUUUGGAUUAAAAACCAAGGAGGAUCAUGGAUUUUCCCGGACACUUUGAACAAAUCUUUCAGCAGCUAAAUUACCAGCGUCUGCACGGUCAGCUCUGCGACUGUGUCAUCGUGGUGGGAAACAGGCAUUUUAAAGCCCAUCGUUCAGUGCUGGCGGCAUGCAGCACGCAUUUCCGGGCCCUCUUCACCGUAGCCGAGGGCGAUCAAACCAUGAACAUGAUCCAGCUGGAUAGCGAGGUGGUGACAGCCGAGGCUUUUGCCGCUCUGAUCGACAUGAUGUACACCUCCACCCUGAUGCUCGGGGAGAGCAAUGUUAUGGACGUCCUGCUGGCAGCCUCACACCUGCAUUUGAAUUCGGUUGUUAAAGCGUGUAAGCAUUACUUGACUACGAGGACCCUGCCCAUGUCCUCCCCGAGCGAUAGGGUUCAGGAGCAGAACGCCCGGAUGCAGCGGUCUUUUAUGCUUCAGCAGCUCGGACUGAGCAUAGUGAGUUCCGCGCUAAAUUCCAGUCAGACCGCGGAGGAGCAGCAGCCCUCCCUGGGCUCGUCGAUGAGAAGUAACAUGGAGCAGCGGACCACUUUUCCCAUAAGACGCCUCCACAAGCGGAAACCGCCGCCCGACGACCGGGCCAGGCAGCGGAUCAGGCCCGCUAUGGACGAGUCCCUGAUCUCCGACGUUGCCCCGGAGAACGGCCAGUCGGGGAUUCAUCCCCGGGAGGAGUUCUUCUCGGCCGACUCGCUGAAGAUCGUGGACAACGUGAAGUCCGACGCCGUCGCCGAGACCCAGGAAGACGGCGCGAUCCUGUUCGACCAGCCCUUUGGGGCUCCGGAGGACGCCCAGGUCCCCAGUCAGUCCGACAACGGCGCGGGGAACAUUUCACACAUGACCAUGGCGUCGCAGGCCACUCAGGUGGAGACGAGUUUCGACCAGAAGGCCGUCUCUGAGAAGAGCGGCUACCAGUGUGAAAAUCCAGAAGAGAACCUCAACGAGAAAGAGCACAUGCGAGUCGUGGUCAAAGCCGAACCCCUGAGCUCCCCCGAGCCCCAGGACGAAGUGAGCGAUGUCACCUCCCAGGCAGAAGGCAGUGAGUCCGUGGAAGUGGAAGGCGUCGUCAGCGCCGAGAAGAUCGAACUGAGCCCCGAGAGCAGCGACCGCAGCUUCUCGGACCCGCAGUCCAGCACCGACAGGGUAGCGGACAUUCACAUGAUGGAGGAACACAAGUCCUCUUUUAGCAUCUCCAACUUCCUGAACAAGAGCCGAGGCGGCGCUUUCAGCGCCAGUCAGAACAACGACGACAACAUUCCCAACACCACCAGCGACUGCAGGAUGGACGCGGAGGCGUCUUACUUGAUGAGUCCGGAAUCGGGGCCCAACAACGGCAGCUCCUCCGCUACGGUCUCCCACGUGGACAACCCGUUCAGCGAACCCGGAGACUCCCAUUUUGUCCGCCCCAUGCAGGAAGUCAUGGGUCUUCCCUGCGUGCAGACGUCGGGAUACCGGGCGGCGGAACAGUACGGGAUGGACUUCCCCAGGUCCGGUUUGGGAUUGCAUUCCCUCUCCAGAGCGAUGAUGGGUUCCUCAAGGGGUGGAGCCAGCAACUUCCCAGGUUACCGGCGCAUAGCGCCCAAAAUGCCGGUGGUGACCUCGGUUCGGAGCUCCCAGAUGCAGGAUAACGCGGCCAAUUCCCAGUUAAUAAACGGGGCCACGUCCUCUUUUGAAAACGGGCACCCUUCCCAGCCCGGGCCCCCGCAGUUGACCAGGGCGUCGGCCGACGUCCUCUCGAAGUGUAAGAAGGCCCUCUCGGAGCACAAUGUGUUGGUGGUGGAAGGGGCCCGCAAGUAUGCCUGUAAAAUCUGUUGCAAGACGUUCUUGACCCUUACCGACUGCAAGAAGCACAUCCGCGUGCACACGGGGGAGAAACCCUACGCCUGCUUGAAGUGUGGCAAAAGGUUCAGUCAGUCCAGCCAUCUGUACAAGCAUUCUAAGACUACGUGCCUCAGGUGGCAGAGUAGCAAUCUACCCAGCACUUUGCUUUAAUCCCCUUCCGCCCGUAAAGAGUAAAUUCCGAUGCCCGUUCGCAAACAGACCAUCUCGACCGAGCGCUUUUGGCGGGAAGCCGUCUCACCCGAGACCUGCGGGUGGGAAGCCGUUCUAACCGCGAACUCACGGUGGACACGUAACACCACUCUGAGGUUUCAGACUGGGCGAUGGCUUUUGUGAAUCGAUAAUCGGUGGUUCUUGAGCGCUCGCUGUGCGUGCGGAGCCCGGCGCUAAGCGCUCGGCCGGCCGUCAGGUGCGGAGUUAGAGCGAGGCGCUUGUGCUGGUUUGUCCUUGGGAGAAAAUGGAAGCGUAGGGAGACGAAAUCGCCCUUUUGGAGUGGGGCUGCAGGGUGGCGAAAAUAGGUAGUACCUGACGACGUUAAGCACGGCUCGUUUGGAGGAUAAGCUGAAGUGCAAAUUUCUUGAGCAGUUUUCGGAAAACGCGUGAGAGCAUUUCGACCGCGUCUUGUAAGUUUUGAGUUGGGACAUCGUGUGAUUAUAAGCAGUGAUGCAAAGAGCUCUUUACUGGUACUAAAGAGGACCGUGUCCCUUGAAGGGGGGAGGACCUAGAGGUUCGUCAGUCUGCCAUUAAAUGCUUUCAAGUGUAUUAUGGAGCUAGUUUUAGGGGUUCCGAAUGUACUGUAUUUUUUAUUUGGGGCCGACCCGCAGUAACAGACGCUGCGCUGUGAUGGUGCUGACAGUGAGUCCAGGACCGGUAUCCUUUUGGACAGCUAGAUGUACAUACUUUGGAAUACGGCAAGCUCUCCCGUGAAACGUUCCGGCGGUUUUCCCCGUUUUGAAACAAAAUCGUAUGUAUACUUGUAUUGCGCGUUGACGUGAAGUACUGUUUCUGUAUGUGCUAUUCUUAGCAGUAUUUUAACCAACUUGUAUUUCAAAUGGUAACAUACAUAGAAAAUCUGAAAAG